CUUAGCAUCAGGGACUAACACUUCACAAUCACCCCCUGUAGAGAAAGGUGAGAUUGCCAGCAUCCCUCUGCCACUUGGAUCUUCUGCUGUUACCUGAAAGGUGGCCCUCACUGCUGACAGAUGACAGACUUCUCAGUAUUUCUGGAGUUUCUGAAGCAAAUGCCUUGGUGCCUCAGCGUCUUCGUCACCUACCUUCUCUUCCUUCAGUUGUGGGAGGUGAACUCAGAUGAGGUCUGGGUGCUGGGCCCUGAAGAUCCCAUUUUGGCCCGCGUUGGGGAAGCGGUGGAGUUCCCAUGUCGCUUGUCAUCAUACCAGGACGCAGAGCACAUGGAAAUUCGCUGGUUUCAGACCCAGGUCUCCAACGUGGUGUACCUGUAUCAGGAGCCGCAGGGACGCUCCAGCCUGCAGAUGGCACAGUUCAGAAACAGGACCUCAUUUGAAGCUUAUGACAUUGCUGAGGGCAGCGUGAUCCUGAACAUCCUUAGCGUGGUUCCCUCCGAUGAGGGCCGAUAUGGGUGCCGCUUUCUUUCCCACAACUUCUCUGGUGAAGCCACGUGGGAUCUGGAAGUAGUAGGAUUGGGCUCAGACCCACACAUCUUCCUCAAGGGCUUCAGUGGAGAAGGCAUUCAGCUGCAAUGCAGUUCCAGUGGCUGGUACCCCAAGCCAAACGUUCAGUGGAGAGGCCACCAGGGUCAGUGCCUUUCUCCAGAGUCUGAAGCCAUCACGCAGAAUGCCCAGGGCCUGUUCAGUUUGGAGACAUCUGUGGUUGUCCGAGGAGGGGCCCAUAGCAAUGUGUCUUGUAUAAUCCAGAACCCCUUGCUGCCUCAGAAGAAAGAGUUCGUGAUCCAGAUUGCAGAUGUGUUCCUACCCAGAAUGUCCCCCUGGAAGAAAGCGUUUGUGGUAACCCUGGUGGUCCUGUCGCUCAGCCUGAUUGUACUCACUAUGCUGGCGCUGCGGUAUUUUUACAAGCAGCGGCGCUUCCAAGAAAAGCGGGUGAAGCAGGGAGAGAAGGACAGAGAGAAACUUCAGACAGAGCUUGACUGGAGAAGGUCCGAAGGCCAGGCUGAGUGGAGAGCAGCCCAGCAAUAUGCAGUGGACGUGUCCUUAGAUCCCGCCACAGCGCACCCUAGCCUGGAGAUCUCCAACAAUGGCAAGAGCGUGUCCUCCCGCCUUGGGGUGCCCAAAACUGCAGCCAGUGACCCGCAGCGGUUCUCGGAGCAGACCUGCGUGCUGAGCAGGGAGCGCUUCUCCAGCGGCCGCCACUACUGGGAGGUGCAUGUGGGUCGGCGCAGCCGCUGGUUCCUGGGCGCCUGUCUGGAGACGGUGGAUCGCUCGGGGCCCGCGCGCCUGAGCCCAGCGGCAGGCUACUGGGUGAUGGGGCUGUGGAACCGCUGCGAGUACUUCGUGCUGGACCCACAUCGCGUGGCACUGGCGCUACGCGUGCCUCCGCGGAGGGUCGGUGUCCUGCUGGACUACGAGGCGGGCAAGCUGUCCUUCUUCAACGUGUCCGAUGGUUCGCACAUCUUCAGCUUCACCGACCCUUUCUCCGGGGCGCUCCGCGCCUACUUCAGGCCCCGAGCCCAUGAUGGCAGCGAACACCCGGAUCCUAUGACCAUCUGUUCUUUGCCGGUUAGAGGGCCACAGGUCAUCGAAGAGAACGACAAUGACAACUGGCUACAGCCCUAUGAGCCCUUGGACCCGGCCUGGGCUGUUAAUGAGGCAUUGCCAUGACCUCAAGGCCAAGUCCAACCAUUGUCCCGAACUCCUGGACACCGCUUUGCUCUCCUGCAGCCAAAGCAUGCAGGGUGUCAGCACAAAAAGGACAAGAGAAGACCUCUACAGAGGCAUGUAUAUAAUAUUCUUUAAAUAGGCAAAUGAGAGAUCGUUUGUGUAUAUAGCAGGAUUCUGGAGUGUGCAGUGUAAGAGAUUGGAAAGAAAUCAGAAUUAUCCACUAAUUUGUGUACACAGUUCUGCAUGGUGUGUGUGUGUGUGAGUGAAAUUUUGUGUAUUCUGCAAACGUCCAGAAGUAAUGACAUCUCAUAAGCAAUGAGUUCACCUAUAGCUCAGAUACGAAUAUAGCUUGUAGUGACUUCAUUGAUCAUGUGUGUAGCAGUUUGUACAUGGAAAUCAAUAAUGGCAGUGAUGUGGCUGCGGUGAGGUUCGUGGUAGAGUGCUUGUUUAACCUGAGGGAUUGCACACAUCUUCAACUUCACCGACACUUUCCCCAGGGAAGUGCAUUAGAUCCCAAGCCCAGAAGGAACAGGAUAAAGAUGACAAGAAUGCAAUAAUGCCCCCCAAACAUACAUACAAGUAACAUCACACAGAAUGAACAGAUUAUAUACAUAUACAUACACAUACAUACUCAUGUAAUAGCAUUAAUUUUAAAAGACCAUGAAUUUGAAAGACUUAGAAGUGAUAUAUGGGAGAAUUUGUGAGGAGGAGAAGAAAGGAAGAAAUUAUGCAAUUUUGUUAUAAUCUCAUAAAAUGAAAAAAUAAAAUAAUGCAGUAUUAGGGAACUACUAAAACCCAAAUGCUAACACUUUAAAAGUAAAGUGUUAGUCAGUGCUAGCAGUUUAUUUUUCUUUUCUUUUUUUUUUUUAAAGGGAAGCUUAAAAAAAUAAUCAACUGAAGCCUAU